CUUUUACCGCGUUGUUCGAAGAGGUUCUUUGAAAGUUUUUUUCAGUUCUUUUCUCUAGUUAUUUAAGCAGAUCAUAAGAUGGAUGUUUCGCAAGACGAUCACCGGAAUUCACCCGAUUCUCUUUCUGUGAGCAAACAACCCAAAUCCUGGUAUCGCUGUUGUGUUUGUGGGACAACGUCUCGAAAAACACCAGACAGGAAAUUCUUCAGAUUUCCUAAGGAUCCUAUUAGAUCAAAACAAUGGGCUGCCGCAUGCAGUAAUCAAGACUUGUUAAAUAAAUCACCAACUGAUUUGUAUAAAACUGCACUAAUAUGUUCGUCACACUUCAAAGAUCACGAUUACUGUUCACCAAAGAUGCGAUAUUUACAUUCCUGUGCAGUGCCGACAAAAUUUGAACAAACAGGUAUCUACAGUGUUUACUGUUAUUAUUUCAAUAUGCUUAACAAUAGCGCCAUCUAAGAAAUAACUCAUCAAUAAUAGUGGAUCACCUGUCAUGUUAUGCUCAAAGAAUACUGUGCAACAAAAUUGAUGGUUUGGAUCGCCUGUCAUGUUAUGCUCAA